GUCGCCUGACACAGGGUCGUAUUUUCCGCGAAUGCUGAAACAGAUCAGCUAUAUAAUCAGUGUAAUCGCGCGCGUAGGGAGGGAAACGUAGCGCUUAUCAACCGAAGAUAAAAUCAGUAUUAGACACAAGGUUCAGCGUUUGGCAAACACUUCAGUGCUGACUUUGCUCAUCGUUUCACAGGUCGCGACUUCUUCACAAAGCAUAAAGUAUGGAGCAGAAUAGGCAAGUUAUGCUUGUGGUUUCUCUGCUUGCAAUCUGCAGCUUGUUGUCUCUCGGCGACACCAGAAGUCUGGGAUCUUUAAAGGUAAGUCCAACACAAACUUGAUUAACUUCAAAUUCUUCAUAUAUUUUUGCCAUCAACAAUUUUAUGAAGAUACUUCAUAGCAGUAGUACUGUGAGUAACUGGAAAAAACCGAAAAACGUGACUAGAGGAAGUCAGCGUUUAUGAAGUUUUUUUUCUUCGUCCGUUUGUGCUGAAACUCGUAAGGGAGACGUGGCCCUUUCAACUCAGCACUGUUGCUACGCAGUUACAAAUCGCAUUAUCGAUAGUCUUAAAAUAGCUGAGUUUUACCCUCUUUUAACAAACGUCUAAGGAGUAAGCAACAACCCUGAUUUUCGUUAAAAGCCUAUUAUCAGUUACCAUACAAUUACAUUGUAUGGUGUAAAAAACGAGAAAUCCGAAAGGGAAAGGAUUCGGCGCUCCAUUGCUGGCGAUCCCGGAAUAAAUUCUAGCAAGUUCUUUAUUGUGUGCAACGUCCGCUUAGACAGACUACAUAACUGAAUUUAAUUAGGCUAUGAAAUUGCCAUGGAUUAUUAGCUAAGCUGGUAUAAACUGUCUCCCUUAUUGCCCAUUUUCUCACGGAUAAUGAGACACCGUGUUUUAUUUUCUGUCGUGUUUUCAUAAUAGGAGAUUGAAUAGAACGGAUGACCUUUCGUCUCACCGGAACAUCUCUGUGGCAAAUGCGUCAACUCUUGUUAAGUACAAGGGUGGCUAUGAACGUAAGGAAUCCAGAAUCUUUAAACUCGUUUGAUUGGUCUUAAUGGAACGAAAUUGGUGAUCUUAAAACGAAAAGGCGCUUUAUCACUACACAAAUAACCCCGAAAGUUUACUAUGAGCUGUAUAUGUCGCCCGUGCUGUUUUUCUAAAGCGACAUACGCAUCAAACACCGGAAAAAAAUUGCGCCAUUGAGUAUAAACAUGUUUGUAAGCGUAUAAAAGGCUCCUUCGAAGCUCUUUCUGUAGAUCUAGUACAAAGCUUGUUAGGUCUUGACCCGUGUGGAUAUUCGUGGACACAUGUGCUAAAUGGCGAAUCAGUUUUUGCGGUUUCUUAGUACAAGCAUUAAAACAAUAUUGAAAUUCAACUCUCAUGUCAUUUGUCACUGAGGGAAAUAGAAUUAAAGGUCAUUACUACAAACUUCUGCAAAGUGGAGUUAGUUGGGAACUUGUAGCGAGUUCUAAUUGGAAACAUGUCGCUCUGUUUUCAAUAAAAACAACACGACAUUCUUCGAGAAGAAUGUUACCUUUGGCGUAGACUGAAUUUAAAGAACAGAAGUCGCCGGUAGCAAUUUUGUAAGCGCUUAGUCAACACCUAAAUUAGCUCGCGAAAUGAUUGUUUAAGAAUUCAAGAUUUUAUCAGGAAUUACGCUUGCAAGCAGCGGACAUCAGGAAAUGUGAUUAUGUUACUCCCACGUUAAAUCACCUGGGAAAGACAUGUUGCCUGGUGCUAAUCCAAGUGUUUUUCUCAUGGAAAAUCUAUAGAAAACAAUCAUCGUUAAUUGCGUUACAGUGAACGUUUCCCCAGAUGACUGCCGAGCAUUUCUUUUUUUUCGCCGCGAAAUCCGCAGGAUUUUUUACCGUUUAAUGGGUGACGAAACAUCUGGUUUAGUAAACAGAGCAAUUCCGAGAUUUUUUUAAAUAAAGUCCGAAGAAGUUGGGUACUUAAAAACUUUCCAAUGGAAAUCUUGGCAUCAAAAAUACUUGAAAACUAAGCUGACUUAUUUUCUCUCUCCGUUAUAUAAGUAAUAUCUGAAAUACUUACCGAAAAAAGGUUCUUUCUUCCAGCUGGAAAAAUCAGAUAACACUUUAAUUAAACAGCCAUUUUAUUACAAGAUUACUCUGAGGAAUCUAAUGAUUUCAACGAAUAUUUUAACCUAAUCAAGUUCGCCUAUGAAAAGCCCGGCAAUUGACAUUUUAUCUCAGUUAAACGUUUUCAGCUGUUAUUACCAAUGUCGUUUGGCCAAAAUUCUUUCAUUAUCUGCAUCAUUUGUUGCCCCUCCAAGACUUGGCACGCUUGGCGUUUUGUGAUUUUUUUAUUGCUUUCCUCUUGUAUAGCUUGCUCGGAGAGAAAUUACCAAUUUUUUGGAAAACCGAGAGAGUAGAUUCGAGAACUUUGUUUUGUAUAUCAAGUUUUGUGUCUGAGUUUUGUUAUGAAGGAAUGAAAAACGUUUUAAAGCUGUAGGAAAAGUAAAGAAGAACUUGACAUCAUUUUUCCCACUUUAAAAAUAGCCUAUAGAUAUGAUUACAAGAUGUUUCUAUUUGUUGACAGGAUAUAGCUUUAUAAGUUGUUAUUACUUUGAAAGAUAAACUAAGAAAGGAUAUGUUACGAAAUUUCACAAACACUUUUGAUUGAGUUGUUUUUGUCCUCGGCAACUUUGGCAAAAACUGACGAGGUCUGAAUAAAUAUCACCAAAGCAGAAGACAUAAACUAAACAGGCCCAGGUCGUGGGAACAUCAAAGAUGUUGGCAAGAGGCCAUAAAGACACGGGUAGUUAGACGCAGGGCUAUGAACUCAAGCAAAUACAUACUUAAACGUGCUCAAAAAUAAUUACUGUGAAGUUGUACCCUAAGGUGUCUGAGUUAGCAUGUCUCAUAUUUCAGCUUUAGUGGGAAAUUCGGCCAAAAGCCUGUCAAUCUAAGGAGGUUAAGCUAACUAGUGUCACCUGGUGCACGUGCAUUUGACGGUGUGUUUCAUAAAAUAUUAUUUUUAAUGGACCUCACGGAUUGAUUUCCCAUGGAAAACAGCCAACUUGUAUGAUUGCGUGUUCUAACACCUAAAAUAAUUGAGCGCGUAUGAACUUACAUAUUUACAUCACUGUUCACAGACAUGAGAUGAAACGGAAGUAGACGCGUUGAAAAUUUGCAGAGUAGCGGACCCAGAGAAAAUAUGGGUUAUGAGUCUCAUAUCUUAAGCAGGCUCCUCUUCCGUGAGCCUUUCGUGGGAUACUAAGCUACUGUUGAUCGUGCCCAGGGGCUCGGCCUCAAAUUGCAGAUUUGAAGUACUUUAGUCUUCUCUGUUGGAAAUGAUACCUAUCUGUUACACAUGCAAACCUCGAGGUUUCCUUUUUUCUUUUCUAAAUAGCACAAAAUAGUAAAGAGAUCUCUUUAUGGGGAGACAUGCCCACCGCCAUAUAUCAUGGAAGUAUCAGAACAAUGUAAUGACUCUUGUUUGGGAGAUGACUACUGUGUUGGAAAUAAAAUGUGUUGUUAUGAUGGCUGCUCCUACGUUUGCAUGGAUCCCGUACCCUCAGAACCAGGUACGAACAGUUUUCUUAUUUCGUAUCUUACCUAUUCGCAAUACCUUAUAAUCUUGUAUUUGUUGCAAAAACUUAACAUCGUAAAAUGUACCUUCACUUCGGAAAGGUUCAACUGAGUGUCAACAGUAAUCCAGGCACCCAUUCCUCUUACUCGUGUGAUUGGUUCAAAAGGCUUGCGCAACUCUCGAACCAAUCACGUAAUGGCUUCCCGUGUUUUCCCGCGUCUUAGAAAGGUGUUCCUUGUUGUCUUUUCCUCUGUGGUGGUUGGUUGUUGACAUAAAAACACUUUCCUUUUAGAGCAAAUCGAUCGAAAUAUUCUUUUCAAUGUCCGCGCCAAACCUUUUUUGCCAGGAUUCCAGUGCUGCUACUACAAAACAGAACAUUAUCAGCUAUCUGACCCUCUCGUUCCAUUGUAUAGUGAAAGAUAGGCUUUAAGCUAAUUUUACUAUUUCUGUUUCUCUUAAACAGUUGUUGACUGGAUUGACGACGGUAGUUUUUCAGGUAAAAGGAGUAUUUUUGUGUUUUUUGCAGGCAGAUUUUACUUGUAAUCAUUAGAUUAACCCUUAACCCGCUGAAAGAGUCCUUCAUUUUGCAAACAAUACAAAAUGCAAGACAAAAAUGAGACAAAACGAAAGAAAACUAUGAGACGAGACUUAAUUUGCAACCUUUUAAACCCUAACAAAGAUCAACAUCCAAUUUCUUCACACAGUAAUACUGCUUUAUCAGUAACUACGAUCAUGAGAAUAAAAGAAAUGAUCGUCAGCCUAAGAAGCUUUGAUUGCUUAACGAAUUUAUGUUAAUACCAAAGGCUAUGUAUAAUAAAGAGUGUGGAGAACAUUGAUACUGAUCUUAGGGUGUAAAGAGUUAUAACAUGGGAAUACACUAAAUCAGAAUCUUUAGUCCUUCCUGUAUUUAGGUGUUUUCCAGUUGAUUUGAAGACUUAAUCUGAUAAUAAAUUUUUUCUUUUGAACAAGAACUCAAUGAAAAUGCAGAAUUAGAGAUUGUGACGCCUGUCUUGGAAGAAUCAGGUAAGAUAUGUGAGUGUUCCCUUAGUGACAAAAUUAACAGACCUCAUCAUAUCUUUAAGUGGGCCGGAAUAGCCCUUCCUCGACCGUUUUUAUCUUUUUUAAGAUGAGCGUGGAGGCGCGUAACGUGCUAAAAAGGUUGAAGAUGCGCGAUGCGCGCGCUAGAACGUUUACGUUGCGCGUUCCGUGUUCCCUUAUUUCGCUCGCGUUCAAGGCGACAAGACAAUGACUGACAAGAAAAAAAAAUUCUAUGAACAGACAAAGUCAAAACUUCUCAGUAGCCUUUUAUUUUAUCUUUUUUAACUUAUCUGGGCGUGUAACUAAUGCUAUUUAUCUUUUGUCACAGGAUGUGUUUAUCGUGGCAUGGUGUUAAAUGAAGGAGAAAAAAUCCCUUUUGGCUGCAAAGAAUGGUAAGCAUCCAAUUUGAUUUUGUCUAGACGCGAGCUAUAAAGACAAGGCUAUGCUCAAGCUGAGCUUUAGAACCACAAGUGACUAAUUAUUUUCCCUAGGUGACUUUUUAUAGCUUUGUUUUUAUGAAAGAUGUUAACCCCUUGAGAGUAACUCGCAGCGGGUUAAAAAACCCUACAAUAUCACCCCUGAAUCAAAUAUUGAGGUCGCGAGAAAAAAGAAAAUAAUCAACCGCUGAAAAAGUUCUUGAUUGUUCAACAAAUUCUCCUUGUCAGCACCUUAGGAAAUGUGGAAAGAACAGUGUAAAGAAUAUACAAACUGAUUUUGAGUGUAAAGUGUUAAAGGUCGGUUCCUCAGCUUUCUUAGCCCACAGGUACCCGGAAAUUAUUAAUUGAUUAUCCUUUGGAACUGUUAGACUAAAUCUGACUGGCUUGGCUGCUUUAUUUUAUAAUUUUCAGCUCCUGCUUCAAUGGGAAUGUGAUGUGUGAUGUAUCAAAGUGCAACAAAGGUAACUUCCUCAUUUUUUUACCCUUUCUCGCCUGUUUCCUUGCUUUUUACGUGAUCAUUUCGUUUUCUAUCUGCAUCACGUGACGAAACCCGUCCAUAUCAUCAGGCAUACAUAUUCCAAAAAUUAAACCAGCCACUGUGUGCUUCCAACGAAACUCUCAGAACUACAGACUCACAAAAACUUUGCAUUCAAUCAGGAGAAUUGAUAUCUUAACUGACGUAGUUCUUUUUGCUUUAUCUCAGUCUUCUAUAUUAUCUUUUCUUAUAACAGAUUACCAAGCCCGUCUCCAUCCCGGUGGCUCGGGGUCUGGUGAUGAUAACGAUAACGAUGACGAUGACGAUGACGACGACGAUGAUAACGACAUAAAAGGCGAAGGGUCUGGGGCAGUCGUCGAUGGCGUAGAACAGAAAGAAGACUUCAUAACUAUUGAAGAAUUGGAACGUAGAGAAAAAGAGGGCUUAAUUACCUCACAAGCAGAAAUCAGCGGUGACGAAUCGAGCGAUGACGAAUCGAACGGUGACGAAUCGAGCGGUGACGAAGCGAGCGAUGAUGAAUCGAGCGGUGACGAAUCGAGCGAUGACGAAUCGAGCGAUGACGAAUCGAGCGGUGACGAAUCGAGCGGUGACGAAUCGCACAAUGAAUUAGAAAGUGACAAUUUCAUUCCAGUUGACGAGGAAAGAACCUCUGAACAAAGCGGCGAAAAUGAAGUUUCAUUUGCGAGGCUCUAGUAAGACCAUGUAAGGUAACGGCAUGUCACGCACAACACUAAACAUAACGUGGGGCGUGUCGACUCAUUAAUCGUUCAGAGGAGUGCGCGACCUCUCCGUAACGCAAUACUACGGCCAACAUGACUUCUACUGACAGUUCUAUAAAUCAACAUCUGUAACCAAGAAGUAGAGAAACAUAGGUUACGUAUGUCACGCCAUGUAAAUAGUGAGACAACGUAAAAGUUUUGUUCAAGUGAAAAUAUAUUUUCUCAGAAGCUGAGUUUACACAGGGUAUGCGGAUUAUCGCAGUCUUCUUUAGGAAACUAGAUUUCCACUCAUUGUCGACUGAAAUAUGUUUCGUACAAUUUGAAUAGUCCACGAGGUGUAAAUAUAAAAUAUUCAAGGUAGCGAGGAUAAUAUUCAAUAAAAAUAACAAAACUGCCAAUGACUUCAGUGCAAAUAAUCAAAGUAAGUUCCCUUCACUUAGACAUUAGUUUACAAAGCGAAAAUGAAAUAAAAAAGUGAUGGC